AUGCUUAGAACAACUUUUCGACAACAAUAUCGACAAGCUUGGAAGUGUCGAUAUUACACAACACAAGAUGACAUUCAUAGAAUUCCUCCUCAGUUAAACUUGAGUCAUUAUGCCAAACACGUCGAAUCAGUAGCGAAUAGCAUGAGAUUAAGAAACUAUGAGCCCGACUGUGUGUACGAAGUGAAACGACUUUCUGACGAAAAGACCGAGCUCGAAAAAAGAGCAGCUUCAUUUCGUGAUCGACGUGACGAGAUCAACCAGUCGAUUCGGUCAGCGAACUCCAAACAAGAACGCAACGAAUUUAUCCAUCAAGCAAAGCAUUGGAAAGAUCAAUUACGACAAGUGGAAGAAAAACUCGUCCAAGUUGAGUCCGAUCUGAUCAACCAGGCCCUGUUGAUCCCCAACGACAUUCAUCCUGAUGCCCCUCGUGGCCCAGAGACCAAUGCAACCAUAGUCAAGACGGUAGGAUCACCACGCACCGAACGUCAUUUGCGUGAUCAUCUCACCUUGGCCGAGAAUCUGGAUAUGGUCGAUUUCGAACAAGCCGCUGUCGUAACCGGGUCUAAAUUCUAUUACCUCAAGAACGCAGGCGCCUGGCUCGAAUGCGCCUUGAUCCAGUAUGCCCUUCAUAAGGCGGCCGCGAGAGGGUUCAUGCCUGUCUUGGCUCCUGAUAUCGUGCGUACGUCGAUCGCCUAUGGCUGCGGGUUUCAGCCUCGGAAGAAGGAAGCGUCGCAGAUCUAUGAUGUGUCAACGGCCAGUAUGGCCCACACCACAGCGCCUAAGCUCUGUUUGGCCGGAACCGCUGAGAUUCCACUGGCAGGGAUGUUUGCUCAAAAGAUGCUCAAGGAAGAGGAACUGCCUAAACGCGUCGUCGGGUUCAGUCAUUCAUUUAGAGCCGAGGCAGGUCAUGGGUCGGCUGAGGAACGUGGGUUGUAUAGAGUUCAUCAAUUCUCAAAGGUCGAGCUGUUUACAGUGACAACGCCAAGUCAGAGCGAAGGUAUCCUUCAAGAGCUUUUGUCGCUCCAGGAAGAUAUGUUUACCGAACUUGGACUGUGUUUCCGUGUAUUGGAUAUGCCUACAGAAGAACUUGGCGCAAGUGCUUAUAGGAAAUAUGAUAUAGAGGCAUGGAUGCCAGGAAAGAAUGGCUGGGGCGAGAUUUCAUCCACUUCAAACUGCACGGAUUAUCAAGCCCGUCGAUUAGACAUUCGGUAUCUGUCUUCUCAGUUUAAAGAAAAUGUAGGACCCAAGGAGGUACGUGUACCCUGGCAUAUGAAAGAGAAAUGGGUCAAUUACUGUCACACGUUGAAUGGCACAGCUAUGGCAGUGCCCAGAGUGAUGAUUGCCUUGUUAGAAACACAUCAGCGAGAGGAUGGAUCGAUUGAUAUACCACAACCCCUUCGUAAAUGGAUCCCUGGUGAACCUAGUGUUUUCAAACCUUGA